AUGUCUCUCAAGCAGGAGAUCGAAACGUGGGUAGGAGCGCUGGCCGCUUACGACAAUAACGAAUUCGACGAAGCCCUCAAGUUCUUCGAUGCCAUCUCCGACACCUCCAAGAUCCUCUUCAACAUGGGCGUCAUCCACGCCACACUGGGCGAGCACGAGAGAGCCGUCGAAUGCUACCAGCGCGCUGUGCGCCUGGAUCAGUACCUCGCCGUCGCAUACUUCCAGCAAGGCGUCUCCAACUUCCUGAUGGGCGACUUUGAGGAAGCAUUGGCCAAUUUCAACGACACGCUUCUCUACCUGCGCGGCAACAACAACAUCGACUACGAGCAGUUGGGCCUGAAGUUCAAGCUGUACUCGUGCGAGGUGCUUUUCAACCGUGGUCUGUGCUACAUCUACCUCCAACAACAGGAUGCAGGCUUGCAGGACCUGUCGUUCGCCGCCAAGGAAAAGGUGGUUCCCGACCACGACGUCAUCGACGAAGCUAUCCGGGAGGAGGCCGAGGGCUACACCGUCUUCUCGAUUCCUGUCGGCAUUGUAUACCGCCCGAACGAAGCGAAGGUGAAGAACUUGAAGGCCAAGGACUACCUCGGAAAGGCCCGUCUCGUCGCUGCCUCUGACCGGUCCAAUGCCUUCACUGGCUUCGCUGGUGCUGAGAUUAAGAGGAUCAACCAGGAGUCUGCUGCUGGCCUGAAUUCCAAGGACGACAGACCGGAUGAUAAGGUCUCUUACGCUGCAACAAACCUUGUGAAGCCAGGAUUGAGUAGUCGAUCGAGACAGCAGUCGGAGCCGCCCAUCAACCGCAACAUGUUCCCUCCCACGCCUCCCCCGGAGGAGACGAAGGCCUCCCCCAAUGGAUACACUGCUCGGUCCCAGUCCGUUCGCGGCGAAGGCCGGAAACCCGCACCCUUGGAGCUUGGACGGGCUGCGUUUGACCAGUCCCCGAAGAGCCAGCAGCCUCGCCCGAUGCCCCAAAGAUCCAUGUCCGAGCGCCCGAGACCGACACGUGAGCUUUCUACCUCAUCGAGGAGUACGAGGAAUCCCGGUCCCAGCAUGCGUCCCCGUAUCCUCUCGGACGAGGACGACCCCGCGAGCGCUUACCCCGACGAUGUGUACGACAUGUAUGGCCGGGCUGAGCGCCCUAGCUACGCCGGACGCUCGAAAUCGACACGUCGCCCGCCGCAGCAAAGACCCAUGUACAUCGAAGAGGAAGAGGAGGACGCUUUUGAUCAGUCUGACGUCGAUUCUGGCGAGUUCGAGAUGGUGCCCGCGCGUGCUCGCAGCACGAGACGCCCGUCGACGACCAGCCGCGCUCGCGGACAAUCUCAGAGGCGCAGCGUUGGUCUCCGCACGAUUCGAGUCAAGGUGCACGCGGAUGAUACGCGCUAUGUGUUCCUCGACCCCUACGCUCGCUUCGAUCAAUUUGUGGCUCAGAUCAGAGACAAGUUCGGGUUGAGGGCGAACUUCAAGAUCAAGAUCAAGGACGAGCAGGACUACAUUACCAUGAGCGACCAAGACGAUCUGGACAUGGCGAUCAUGACGUGCAAACAGGAGGCGAAGAGGGAACAGGCGGAAAUGGGAAAGAUGGAGAUCUGGGUGCAAGUUGUGUAG